GCUCGGGCCCUCAUCUGGAACCAGUUCAUCGGUGUGGUUUUGAGUCACUAAGAAGAUGGUAAGAGAACAGUACACCACAGUCACGGAGGGCACCCACAUAGAGAGACCCGAGAACCAGCACGUCUACAAGAUUGGGAUUUAUGGCUGGAGGAAGCGCUGCCUCUACCUAUUUGUUCUUCUCUUGCUCGCCAUCCUUGUUGUGAAUCUCGCUCUCACCAUCUGGAUUCUGAAAGUGAUGUGGUUUUCUCCGAUAGGAAUGGGUCACUUGCAUGUUAAACAAGAUGGACUUCGCCUAGAAGGGGAAUCGGAGUUUUUAUUUCCACUGUAUGUCAAAGAAAUACGCUCCAGAGUGGACUCAUCUCUGCUUCUGCAGUCUACUCAGAAUGUGACAGUCAGCGCUCGCAACGCAGAAGGGGAGGUCACGGGCCGGGUGAAAGUGGGUGCACAAAUGGUAGACGUUCAGAGCCAGGGCUUUCAGAUCCUUUCUGAAGAUGGCAAGCCACUGUUCACCGCCGAGGAGCAGGAUGUCACGGUCGGCACGGGCAGACUGCGGGUAACGGGGCCAGAAGGAGCUCUUUUUGAACACUCGGUGGAGACACCCCUUGUCAGAGCUGACCCGUUUGAAGACAUUUGGUUAGAAUCCCCAACACGGAGUCUAAGCAUGGAUGCCCCAAGGGGGGUUCACAUCAAAGCGCACACUGGGAAAAUGGAGGCCCUUUCUCAGAUGGACAUCAUCCUGGGGAGCAGUGACGGAGCGCUGGUUCUUGAUGCUGAAACUGUGGGUUUGCUCAAGUUGAAGCAGGGGACACCGGGUCCCUCUGGCAGCUCUAGGGGAUUCUAUGAGAUCUGUGUGUGUCCUGAUGGGAAGCUGUACCUGUCUACGGCUGGUGAGGUCACCACCUGCGAGGAACACAGCCACAUCUGUCUCUGA